CAGGGAACUGAUCCAGUCCUAGUUCUACGCCGUGGGUAUUCAUAGCGGCUGUAUAUGCUUUACCUUGCAGUGUUCCUAGUCUGAUGCUAAGUCUAGGAAGAGGAAUGAAUAUUCAAAAAUUGCGAGAUUAGUUUCUCCAAGUGGUUGAUAGCCUUCCAUACCUAGUCCAUAGGUGGGAGGGUGACACCAACCUACAGCACUGACAUAACUGGUGCGGGCCGCCAGCCAAUUAAUUACUGGGCGGCGUCCCACCCCAACUCUUUUUGAUUACCUAGGUACCGGUCUGUUCGGGACAAACACCAAGAGAGGCCACUCAACAUGGCGAGAAUAGCAUCCCGUCUUCGCAUACCAAUUGGUAUCCCAAAUUUCGCCCCCGUCAGACAGCCUAGGUUUGUGUUGCGUGCAAAAUCAAGCAUGACGCGGCCCAAGUUUUCGGCAGGCUCCGAUGAAGAGGCCUUGGAGGAGGCGCUGUCGGGAAUGCUCUCGAACUCCGGCGCGAACUCCGGCGGCCGAUGGGCCAUGACAUCCACCGGCGAGGGUCUUGAGAGGACGUUCAAGUUCAAGACCUUUGCUAGGACUUGGGAUUUCAUGACAGCAGUGGCCUUGCAGUGCAAGCUCAAGAACCACCACCCAGAGUGGUCCAAUGUGUUCAACACAACCUUCAUCAGAUGGACAACCCAUCACCCGAAUGGCCUAUCAGCCAAGGAUAUCGACAUGGCCGCACUAUGCGACUCGCUCGCCAAGGACUUUGGAGAAGUCGAGGAGACUCCCGUGAACUCGCCCGGCGGCGAGAUGCAGACUCUGGCCAACAAGGCGGUGUCAUCCUCGGGCGACUGCUGUAAGCCAAAGGCUUAAGUCGAACUGUAACCUUGGGACGGUCCCGACAGAGGUAGCAAACACGGCAGAUACUGUAAACACAACGAUUUGUACUUCUUUGUAUUAUUAGUCUAAUUAAUAUAGUGUAUCAUCAUAGCAACCGCCACGGCUCAAUAUGUACC